GUUACAUGUUUUGAUGAUUAAUCCAGCCAUUUUCUUCCAAGGGGGUGGUUGGUAAUUCCCGCAUGAUUUGAAAUAUUGAUCAAUACAUUACGCUUAAUGCUUAUACUAAAUAUGCACCCCUUCAAAGGCAAGAACUUUAAUUUAAGGUAAAGGUGUAAUUAGCGGAAACAUGUCCCCACAAAACUAAAGAAUCAGUUUUGUAUAAGGCACUUCAAACAAAAACAAAACAAAGGGCAUAUCGAUAUCAAGUACAAAUUUCGAUAACAAAUUGAUUUAUACAGAUGUUUAUGACAAGGUAUUCACAUUUGGGAACCUUGCGUCAGGAAAAGAUAUUGUGCCAAAAAUGGAGAUUUACCUAUGAAUAAUUAACCGAAUUCGAAAUAAUAUAAAUGGAAAACAUGAGUUUUAAAAGCCAACUAGAAGAGACAACCGCAGAGGUUCGAGUGGAAUCGAAACAAGUCUAGCUAGCAUCAGGCCUGUGCGAAGAAUUCCGACGGGCACUAUAAUGCUGAAUCGAAACUUCGAGUACCACACCUCAAGUUUUAUCCUGGAAUUGUUUAUAUCUUAUCAGCAAAACCAAAGAAUCAAUGAAAACGAAAGCCUAACUAGCACCGGCUCUUGCCAAGAAAGGAAAAAAGAAGUCUUAAGUACUUGAAAAGGGUACUAUUUAUUUCAAAACUCCUCGGCGAAUGCGGGCAAGUUACAAUCUUGUUUCUUUUCAUGGCUCACCCAGAAGCCUACGAGUCAGUCUCGUUUUGUAACCUUGAUUUAAAUGAUCGUAUUGUGAUAAAUAUAAGCGGAGAGCGCUACGAGACCCUUGAAUCGACGCUAAUGCGCUACCCAAACACUUUAUUAGGGUCUCCAAUCAAGCGCUCUCAAUACUUCGACCAAAGGCAAUGUGAGUAUUUUUUUAAUCGAAACCGUCAAGCAUUUGAUGCGAUACUCUUUUAUUACCAAUCAUGCGGGCGACUUAUCAAGCCUGAGUUACUCCCGGAAAAUAUAUUUGUAGAGGAGGUGCGAUUCUUCGAAAUCCCCAGCGAUUUGAUAACAGCAAGAGAGGAGUUAGAAGAGAAAUUAAUGGGCAAAAACGCGGUUUUGCCCAAAAACGACCAUCAAAAAAAAAUCUGGUUGGCAUUUUCGGUACCCGAAUCAUCGUUUUUAGCGCGCGUAAUUGCGCUUUGGUCUGUAAUGGUUAUACUUAUCUCGGUUAUCAUACCUUGUGUGGAAUCAUCUCUGCUCGAAUUUAACGAAACCUCAAUUGGAAACUCGAACGUGUUGGCAACAAAUGUCUACGUCAUCAUUGAGAUGGCAUGCUAUAUCUGGUUUACAAUAGAGCUUAUUUUUAGGCUGGCAUCCGCACCGGAGAAAAUCAAGUUCUGUAAGCAGCCCUUGAACGUUGUGGAUAUCUUAACUGUCCUGCCAUAUUAUAUCGUGUUAGCGGUAGAGAAAAGCAGGACAGGAUCACUUUCUGUAAUGCGCGCGGCUCGCAUGCUUCGUGUAUUGCGCAUCUUCAAGCUCUCCCGAUACUCUAGCGGAAUGCGCGUGCUUCUCUACACGUUCCUAAUGAGUCUAAAUGAGCUGUGGAUGUUUAUGUUGUUCGCUGGAAUGAGUGUACUUCUUUCGUCUGCCGCCGCUUACUAUGCAGAGACGGCGCACGGGCGGCAAACGUUCGAGAGUAUUCCUGGUGCAUUCUGGUGGUCAAUUAGUACCGUGACCACUGUCGGCUACGGGGAUCAAUAUCCUCUCACAGCUUCAGGGAAAAUCGUAGGCUCCAUACUUAGCGUGUUUGGGGUACUCGUGGUUGCGCUCCCGGUGUUUCUGUUCGUGUCUAAUUUUAAAAAGGUUCUGAGUACUAAAUGUACCGUUGUUGAGGAUGAUAGCAGGCGUGACCAGGAAUCCAUAAGAAGGCACAAACUAGGAAUUAAGAACUUCAACACGGGUAAGACUCGCGGCCGGUAAGCGAAGACGGAGUUCAGUAGGCAGAAACGUCCCAGUAUGCGCUAUUUUAUUGUUAUUGUUGUUUAAGUAGGUUAUUAUAAAGUCUCUACGCUAUUAUGAACACUAAAUUACGGUCACGGGAGUGUUCGUAAUAGCGAAGGGCCCCAGUAGGACUGCCUCAGGGUCUUAAUCUUGACACUUUCUGGAUGUGGUUGGUGCAUUCUCGACCGCUGCCUGCUCUGGGACAGUUUCUGUCCUUGGACGGCGUACCUGUGUUUAUCACCGAGGGACUGGGACCGGCCUUGACCGCCCGCGGUUCGAGACUCAUACGAACACAACAUGACGGAGAAACCUUGCGCGUGCUCACUCACGGGCUAUAGGAUAAUUUGACUCCAAAAUGAAGUCUAAUGUCUUGUUAGUGUUGAAUAAGCACGCAUUCCUACUUUAACUGGAUGUAUUUGCCUUGGUUCGCUCUUACAGCGAGCUCUGUCCCUACCUUUCAAACGACGCGCUGUGUAACCGCCGCCACCUGGUAAAUUAGUUACUCGACCACCUCGACCCCCAACGGCGUGUUUUUUAAGAGAAAAUAAACCAAGACAAAUACAUCCAUUCAAAGUAGGAAUACGUGCUUUAUACAAAACUAACAAGACAUUAGACUUCAUUUCGGAGCCAAAUUAUCCUAUAGCCCGUGGCUCCUUUCAAACAUAUUCUAAAGAAGCCACUAUUUCUUACAAUGGCCGUCGAUUCAUGACUUAAUUCCCCUUUUCAAAUCACUAAUACCGUGAGGAUAAAUGCAAUAUCCCCAAGAGUUUAUUGGUCACCCGCGCUAUUUUUGAACGCCGCUACAAUGCUACAAAUUAUUUGGAUGACAAUUUAUAAAAGUGGCCAUUAAGAUUUAAAAAGUCGCUUCUGAUUUUUAUUUUUUUAUUACCUGUUUAGUACUUAAACGAAUACUUGGCCUUAUCUGAUUUGAGCUUCUAAACCUUUGCUGUUACUAAAUAAUACUAAUGAUUUCAAUA